AUGCAUAGACCUCUUGGCACUAAUGUCAGCAUCAGCCCAGUUUCCUGGCCAGGCAUCCACGCUUACCUGGAUGACAAGCUCCGCUUCACAAGCAGCCCUCCGGGCACGAGCAUCUCCCCGGGCUCAACCUUGCUUUCAGCUCGGCACAAGACUCUGAAGAGCAAAGAUGACCUGGCUUUAGUCCCCGUAAGCACGAAGCGCAUGUGGCUCCGCGUCACGGACCCCACUUCCUCCAAGAGGCGCUUAUCUGAGUCCAGCAGAGAAACCCUUGCCUUCUUUGCCCACUUGAGCUCCAGGGACUGGCGGCCAAGGCCGCUUCGAUCACCACCUACCAGUUCGGUGGAGUCUGCUGCGGAUGCUUUCGGCAAAGGCAACGAUUGCGGGGUGGGAGGAUGGCUCCUCCUCCCAAGUGGGCGCCUGCUUUGGUUUGCUCACCGCUACACUGUCAACGACUUUCUGGACUUAGGUCUGCCAAUGCAACCGGACGCCAACUUGGACAUUUCCAGCUACGAGACUUUGGCGCAGUGCUUUGUAGUACUUCUGGCUUUCUGGAAAGCCCACGGAUCCGGUCGCUUGGAUUUGACAUUACCAGCUUUGAGCGAUAACAGUGGUGCAGAGUCAGAUAUGUCUGAUCAAACAAAGGCCAGGGCAAGACUGCUCUACGGUGUGCUCAAUGGAUUGCUCUACGAUCGAGGCCGCCGCCUCCUCAGAUCCGUUGUCGGUCAAAACGGCUAUGAAUCCUGGAGAUUGCUUUCCCGAGACCUUAUGCCUCAGUCUCGCAACAGAGUUCUUGCUUUGCUGCGUACAAUUUCAGCAUGGCCCGCAUUCGAUGCCAAGCAGGGCAUAUCUCAGCAGCUGGUUCGACUGGAGACUGCUUUCGAGGAGUAUGAACGAUUGGUUCCUGGAGGUGUUCCAGAGAACCACAAGAUGGCUACGCUGCUCGGUUGUUUGUCAGGACAGCUUCGCCAGCAUGCAAAUGUAGUCAUCACUGAUGAUAGCAGCUACCGCGAUCUGAGAGAGCUUGUGCUGCGUUGGGAUGGUGCCCAGACACGUUGGUCUUCGAGUGUUGCACUAAGUUACGGUUUGCAAGAAAGUGCCAAAGGCCUGAAACAGGAUACUGGAGGCAAGCACGGCAAAGGCAAGAACGACAAAGGCAAGCAAGGCAAGGGCAAGCAAUGGGACAAGAAUGGCAAAGGUGGCAAGCAAGGAAAGUGGCAACAGCAAGGAGGAUGGCAACAGCAACAGAGAGACUCGUGGAACAACAACAAAGGCAAGCAAGGCAAAGGCAAGCAAGACAAAGGCAAGCAGGACAAAGGCAAGCACUACAGCUACGACAAUUACACUGGCAAGGGCUACGGUGGCAACCAAUGGCAGGAUCGUCGUGUUCAGCAGGUGCAAGACCAAACAGGUCAGCAGCAGCAGCAAGUGCAGCAGCCAUGGCAAGCUCCACCUCAGCCCAGCAACGCUACAGCAGUUCCGAGUUUUAGCAGUGCCGCCAGUCAAGCUUCAACCAUGUCAACUGCAGUGCGUCGAGUGUUUGCUGAGCCGUUGGUUGUGGAUGUGAGCGAUUUGGAGCUGCCUGGAGACUCGUGCAUACGCAUGCUGCAGUGCCCCGAGUACAGACUCGAUUCUUCUGACAACGAUGAUGAUUGGUACAGGGCGCCUGAUCAGCCUGCGUUGGUUUUGCAAGCGAGCCCUCCGCCAGCUGUUCGAGCAGUGCAGUAUUCAUCUGAUGCCACUGCACAGGCCGUUAUAAUUGACUCUGGCGCGGAUAUCUCGUGCCUUCCUCGGUGCUUCGCCUCUGCUGGAAAAUAUGUUCCCGCCAGGAACCUGCGAGUUCAGGAUGCACAAGGCGCAACCAUGGCAGUGAGCGAGGAACGCCUCGUUGACUUCAUUGUCGAGAGCUCAAACUGCGGCCCAGUGGGUAUCAGAGAAAGAUGUAUAAUCGCAGAUGUUACACAGCCCUUAAUCAGCCUGGGUCGAUUGAUCAAGAGAGGAUGGUUUCCAUGUCGUGGAGAGCAAGGAUUUUGGCUGAAUCACGACGGCUCUGGUGCCGAUGUUCCUCUGGGCUUUAAGGGCAUGAGUCUUCUGGUGCAAGCUUCAAUCCGCAGAGUGAGUCAGCCGCCGCCCGAGAACGAGCACAACACAAGUGUGGCCCUCGAUCUGCCGCCACGUCAUGUGCGAGCUAUGUUUACUGCAACGCUGAGUGAGCAAGCAGAGAAACUUCAGUUUGGUUGGCAAAUCGGGUCCACAGGUCACAUCAUCUGGAGAGGAAAAUCCUCUAUCAUGAUUGAUCCUUCUUUGGUUGUGGUGAGUGGUUGGCCUUACAGGACAACCAUCAUGCGCAGGUCAGAUGAUGAAGACUGGCUGGUGGCUGAGACCUGUGUAAAGUGGGCGGAUCUUGCUGAUAUUGAGGGCCCGAUUCCCGGAGGAGGAGAAGCAGAGCUGAUUGUGGUUUUGCAUCCGAAGCUUGAGCAGCUCAGUGAUGUGGGCAUCCAGUGCUCAAAUGAGGCAUCUGCCUCUGUCGAAAUGCAGGUUGAGCCGCCGGCUUUGCACGAGGAUGAUGAAGCUGGCGGGAUAGGUGAUGUCCUGUUCGAUCAAGAGCCGGGUGGAGCUGAAGCAGAUGAGGUUGUGCCGCAGGAUCCCGAAGCGGCAGCAGUUCUUCCUGACAUGGAGGAGCCAGAACAGCUACCUCCUCCACCGGCCAUCGAAGACAAGCUUGUGCUGGACGGUGUGGAGCUUACUGCACAAAGUACGAUUGCUGCCUUGGCGAGUGCAUGCGACAGACUUGGCUUGCGUCAUUCCGGUAGCAAGCGCCGCCUCUAUGAGCGCAUCAAGGGGUACUUGCAGAAGCAACAGCUUUCUUUGUCUGCUGAUAUGACUCGUGAUGCAGUUGCAAAUGCCUCGCGAACUCCUUCUAUGCAGUCCAUACCGACACCGCCUUCGAGAGCUGAGCAGCUGCUACACGAGCUGACCCACGAGCCGUACGCGGCUUGGUGUCCCAGUUGCAUAGCAAUGCGAGCGCUUCCGGACCGAAGCGAGCGGACUGUUGAUGCUCCGAGGGACAUUCCUCGAGUGUCGUUUGAUUUCAUGUACACUGGUUAUGACGAAAGCCAGAAUGAAGCCGUGCACAAGCCUGUUAUGGAAGGAGAUGAUCCCAAAGAUCUGCUGUGCUGCUUGGUGUGCCAUGAUCAGGCAACAUCCUCCAUAGCAUGUGUACCGUGCCCCGGGAAGAGUGCUACGAGAUACCUCGGUGUGGAGGUGAUGCGUUUUGUGCAGAGCCUAGGGCAUCCAACAGUUGAGAUUUUCUGUGACAAUGAGCCGACGACCAUUCGGCUGCAGGAUGCUAUCUGUGUUGCUAGAAGCCGGUUGGGCCUGAAGACUCUGAAGAAGAACCCUCCGAUUGGGAAUCAUCAGAGCAAUGGCGCUGUGGAGCGCACGGUGGAUUUGGUCAGACGACUGGCUUGCACACUGUUGGAUGUGGUGCGCCGCAAAACUGGUUGUUCGAUCACAGUGAAGCACCCUCUGUUUGCAUGGAGUUUCAGCCACGCGGCGUGGAUUCGAAACCACUUCGCCGUUCAAGGCGGAUUGACGCCUUAUGAAAGAUGCUAUUCCACGGCCUACAAAGGAAAGCUUGUGCCUUUCGGAGAACCUGUCUUCGGGCAGAUCGUGCCCAAGCGGAAAGGCAAUGCAAAGUGGCUGAAGGCCGUCUUUGUCGGCAAAACGCGCAGCAAUGAUCAAUACCUGAUACCUCAUUGCAAGCAGGUCCGGCAUCCGAACAUGCCGGAGUGUGCGCCGCACUGGCCAUGA